UUUUGUAAAACGCAGAAUUGUGCCUGGUAGAAGGAAACACAGACAUGCUUUUCCGCAAUCAGAAAAUGCGAAGCAGGCUUUUCCUGGCUUUGUACAGACUGCACAUGCACUACAACUAAAAGCUCUUCAGCAGUUUCCAGUGAUAGCUUGCAAUGGACCAAGACUUGCACUGCACAGCAGAAAAGGAACUGUUGGAAGCUGUAAGCAGGAUUACUACGUUUUCUACCGCAAGUCCAUCUGAUGUAGAACAAAAUCAACCCAAAGCUGAAAUUUCAUGUCAAGUGAGAAAAGAAAACCCAGAAAAAGAUGACCUGCAAGAUUCCAAUGCAUCCUUAAGUCCCAACUCUUCGAUGACCACUAAGGAGCUUCAGGAAUAUUGGAGGAAUGAAAAACGCCAGUGCAGACAAGUCAAACUCCUUUUUGAAAUCCCAUCAACCAGAGUUGUAGAGCACCACUUAUCUAAAUAUGUGAUGUAUAAAAUCAUCAUUUUGCAAACAGGGAGUUUUGACAGCAACAAGUCUGUAAUUGAACGGCGUUAUUCAGAUUUUGAGAAACUUCACAGAAAUCUGCUGGAGGAGUUUAGUGAAGAAAUGGAAGAUGUGACCUUUCCCAAAAAAACUCUGACAGGGAACUUCACAGAAGAAAUAAUCAAUGAGAGAAAAUUAGCCUUCAAGGACUACCUGAGACUUCUAUAUUCUAUGAAAUAUAUCCGAAGAUCAAAAAAAUUUAUUGACUUUUUAACAAGGCCGGAGCUCCAGGAAGCAUAUGGUUGCCUGCGGGGUGGCCAGUACACCAAAGCUUUGGAAAUCCUUUCAGAAGUCAUUGGUCUGCAGGAAAGGCUGACGAGAGGCAACCCUGUCUCAGUUGUCCCUACUCUCUGUGCUAUCGUGGUGUGCCACAAGGACCUGGAAAACCCCGCAAGCGCCUUUGAAUAUGGAGAAAAAGCUCUAUCACGCCUUCAUAUGCAUACCAGCCACAGGUAUUAUAUUCCACUGUUAGAAACAAUGAUCACUUUGGCAUAUGAACUUGGCAAGGAUUUUCUGUCUUUGCAAGAAAAACUGGAAGAAUGGAAGACAAAAAAAGAUCCCAUACGGGUUUUUACCCUGAAAGAACUUGCAGUUCAGGAGUACGUGCACUGAACAGAAGAAACAAUUUCAUUAAAGAGCAAAGCUGUCAGCAACUUUUCCCGAACACAAACUUUUGAAAGAGUAAGAACCGGAAAUUAUCUGUUUGGCUAACAUAACUUUAUAUUAAUAGAAAAAAGUUAAAUAUCUUCCAUGUUCAAAAGGAACAUUAACAUUUAUGUUGGAAAAUAUAAUGUAUUUACUCUACAGAUAUGAGGUGCACCUAAGCUUAUUAAGGUUUUUGGAAAGAAAUUUUCAACAAAGUCAUUUAUGACUUACUUAUUUUGAACAUAGCCUAUUUCGUGUGACAAGUCAGAAUAGGAAAAUGCAACAAAUAAAGCACUUAACCUGCAGAAUCAGAGGCAUUGCUUGUUGAUGUGGAAACUAUUUCCUUUAAAGAGGAGAAAUAUCUACUCAAUUGAUGCAGUCUAAAGGAUGGAUCUUCAGACACUGAAUGUAGUUAUUUACUCCUCCAGCUGAAGCCUGGUCAAACAGCACUUUGUCAUUUCUGAGAAUGAUGGGAUUGAUCCUGCUCCCACUGAAGUCAAUGGCUGUGGGCAGGAGGACCCGGGAGGAAGGUUUACAAUCAACUUUGCCAGGAACAAAAAAUACAAGCAACAAUCAUUCCAUCAGAGAUGAGGGAACAUGCUUUAUUUCCCUUUUGCAGUUAAUACAGUUUUAUGAUUUGCGUUGAAGGCAUAUUGUUGUUUGGGGUGAUCUUUAAGUACAGCUCUGACCAGGGUAGAAAAUUCAUACCAUGUGUACUACAUACAUAAUGGAAAGGAACCACAGAAGGGUGCUGUUGGGGAGAACAUCUGGCUAAUAUAAUGCUAGCAUUUAAUUCUGAUUAUCAAGCCAUGGGACAAAUGGUUAACAGACAGUCUGUAUUAAACACAUGCUUCCCUGUUGCCUUUCAGAGCUUUAUUUAAAUUGGGCAUUGCCUUGGCUUUGCAGCCUGGGUACCACGCAAAUACCGUCUUGGUGGUACUGCGAUACAACAGCUAAUUCUUUCAGGGAUCCAACUCACAUAUACAAAUGCUAAGCUUGUCUUGGCCCCAACACUCCUGUGAAAGGUUCCCAAGAGCUGAAAAAGUCUCUAUUUACCUGCUUCUACAAUUUCCCUCAACUCUAUUAUCUCUCCCAUACACUUAUUCUAAUAUAUAAUAAUCUGGUAAAUUAAUUCUCAUAAAUAUUGUAAUUAACAUGUCGUGCUAGCAUGGAUGAUUAUUCUCUGCUGAAUAUAGUCCACUGAGUACUUUCAGGCCUGAGUUCAAAUACUGCAUGCACCACAAUGACACUGUUUAUAAAUUAGGAAUAACUGUAUUAAUUUACCUCCCUGGUAUAUAAAAGUAUCAGCUAACUGAAAGCGCACUGCACCUGAAAAACACUGCUGUGCAUUGUUACAAGAAGGACGGCUUAGAAAAAAUACAGAAUAAUAGGAACGUCUAGGAUGGAAAGUUAAUAUUUUAAGUAGCUAUUAAUAGCUAGGCAUUAAACUCAUAUGUGGAUUAUUUGUUUUGACAAUUAUUAUUUUUUCUAGUUAUACCAGAAGUAAGAGAAUUAAGAGUAAUUUACUAGCAGACUUCAGGACUAAUGUGCUCGCAACAUACUACAUUGCAGGACAGUCAAAAGUAUCAAAGGUAACACCACCUUAGAGGAUCACGUCUGAAUCAGUAACAAAGUGGCAAAGCAGAAAGCAUGUCUGGGGUUUGCAGCACUCAGACACGGCAGACGGGAAGCACGGCCAUCACGCUACUCUAUCCCCACAGCAGUUUGUGGUGAAAGACCAAAAAAAUAAGUGAAAAUUUCCCUGCUUUUGCUCCCUCCCACCGUUGUGUGCAGUAUCCCAUGCACAGCUGCCUCUGAUUCUCCUCAGGUUUCUAUGGGACUUUACGUGAGUAGCUAAUUGUGUCCACAGACCCUCACCUUACAGGUGACUACAAGAUCAGAGGGUCCAUAAGUACAUGGUGUCUAGCAAGGACAAGUACCAGGAAAGCAGCACAUCAGAGAGAUCUUACUUAACCUUUACUUGUAAUGCUAUAACUUUCCAUCUCUGAAGGAUUAACUGAUCCAAAGCUAACCAAUUUUUGUUGGCAUGUCAGUGCACAUUAGGAAUAUGAGGAGGCGCAAUCUGGCUAAGAGAAAAAUUUACAUAAUUCAAAAGGCACUAAAAUACACAGUGCCAAAACCCCCACUGUUUCAUUGGUGUAAGCCAAAUUUCCUCUGAGAAUGCUUUUCCAUGUAAUCUGCUAGCAGGGUUUUAUCAGCAAAAUGGUCCUAGAAUAGGUCACUUUGUCCCUAUCCACCAGAAGGCAGAGGUCAGGCUCCUUGUAUUAGGGGAAGAACGAACUAAAUAAAUACAAGUGUGAAGAAAGAACAAUGUGUCUGUUGGAUAAUUCCGCCACACCGAACUUCUUUAAGGGAGAGCCUUCUCGGUGGGGCAUCUGUGGCAAUCAUCAGCCAUGUCUUCAGAGCCACCCAGGAAGAACACGCUAUCUGCCUUACUCAAAGGGCUGAUUUCAGUUUCUGCUGCAUUCAGACUUCCAGUCAAGCCACUUCACGUACAAAUCCGCGGAGCCUACAGCACAUGUCAAAGGGUCAAGUGUAGUGUUCAUAAAAAAGUUCCUGAUGCCAUUAAUAUUAGAAUACAACAAAAUUAAAACCUCCCCUGCCCCAAGCAAACCAUGUAUGUACUCCCUUCCUACACAUGAGGAGCCCGUGAUCUUCAGAUUUAUUAAUCUCUUCAGAGAUGACAUUGGAAAUCCUUGGAAAGAGAAAGCUAGUACGGUGAUGACCAUGAGUAGGGACCCACGGGGCCUGGAUUUCACCUGGAGCUCUGCCAGACUUGGUCUGAACUUUGCAGAAGUAUCUUAAUUUCUGUGCCCCUAUUUCCUCACCCAGUACUUUCCCAGUAAAACUUCUGCAUCCAGAUUUUCAGUAAUCACCAAACAGAAAAGCUGUGAAAUUUGAACAAAUUAACUCCAGCAUUUAACUUCAAAAUGUGCAUUGGGAUGGAGGCAAUUUUGAACUAUAGAAGCCUAUUUAAUUUAUUGAAGAUACCUUGGAAUGGAAGAGAAUUUAGAGGCAGUAAGCGCCAAACCUUUGUCCUUAUUGUUAAUUGCAUGGUUUCUUACUAAUGCAGUCCUAUUUUAAAAUCAGGUGUUACUUUUCUUACACACUAGAGAAGUUACAAAAUUAUCUAUUUAUUGCAUUGGACUGUAGUGAGACCAUGCUGGCUCAUCAGCUCCAUAGGCAAUCAGCCAGUUCUGAUUUCUUAGCUAUGUACUCUCCAGAGACUGGCUGGACCUGCCAAAAGAAUUCUGCUUUCUCACAUUUCAAAAGUCAACCUCUGCAUAUUCUUUUUCACUUGAUUUUUACAGCAAAGUGAGUAUUCAGCAGUUACCUGUUGUUAAACUACAAGGUAAUGGCAUUCCUGCUCCCAUACUGACCCUACUGUCUUCCACUUGGAAUGACAGCUGGCAACGACUGGGUUCCCUCUGCCUGUACGUGCAACUUUAUCUUCCACAGUUAAAAAUGUGUAGCUGGAUAGGACAGAUUUCCCUAUCAGAGAAGAUUGAUCUCUUUCCCCCUUAACGUUGCCCGGUGCAGGGAUACAGUAGUGGCUACAGAGCCCCCAUUAAUUAAUUGAAUCUGUCCUGGCUUUUUCGUAAGAUGUAUAAAAAUGGGUGAUCUCCACCAGCCACCACAUCUUGUUUUUCCUCUGAACGGUGUAUUAAAGAAUGGCUCAAAAAGGAAAUUGCUAACAUUUUAAUCCAUGUCUAUCUGUCUUGCUUAUCUAUUGCCCUUUCUUAACUCUUGUUAAGAAGCCAUUGGAGAAACAAUGACUAAAAUCCUUGUGCACUCUCCAUGGGGUUUGUGUGCUGUCCCCAGAGUGCACAACCCACCUUUCCAGGUGUCGGGCCGGCAAAAGUGAAUAGCACUGCAUCAGUGAACCUAUCUUAGAAGAGGAGAGCUCUGGCACUACCACAUAUGGAAGAAUGGAACAUAAAUUAAGCAGGUGGUUCCUGCUUCCAGACAGCCAUUUUACUUCCAGUCUACAUUGCUGUACAAUAUUUGAGUGAUAAAAGCCUGUUUUAUACAUAAAUUCAUUUUAUCCAUUUCCUGUCUUCCAAAACAAUGUGUGCUUUUUGCAAAGAAUUUCUUCAGUUUAAUAAAUGGAAAUGAGCAGUU